AUGUCACUUUCGCGACAUGUGUCACAGAAGCGAGCAACGCGUAGCGACAAAGGCGGUCAUCAUCAGCGUCGUGCCGGCAAUCCUGAUUAUAGUGGAGAUUUCUUGUGUCAGGAGAUUGUUGAUCCCUCAACCAGUCGAAUUUGUGGUCAAACGUUCCGUCGAAGUUACGAUCUAAGCCGACAUCAGACCAUUCACUUGAAAAAUAGACCAUUCUGUUACUGCUCCCAUUGCGGUAAGAAAUUUACAAGAAUGGAUGCUCUUCGUCGUCACGAGCGCGUACAAGGCCACCGCAAUUCACGGACAAAUAAUGAAACCAAGCAUAUUGCGGCAAAUUAA